AUGCUUUUCUUUCUUUUCUGGAAAAAUAUAUUUUAUAUGUCGUUCAGGCAACUAUCAGGUUCCAGUGAAGAUGAGACUUUCUUUCUUUCGUUUUUUUUUGUUUCUUUUUUUUUAUUUCUUUAUACUUUUCCUUUCUUUUGCUUUACUUUUUAUUCUCUUAACCCAUACAUUUUCAUUUUUUUGUUUUCUUUCUUUUUCUUUCUUUCUUUCUUUCUUUCUUCCUUCCUUCCUUCCCUCGUUUUGCUACUUUAUUUCUUUUUUCCUUUCUUGAUACCAUCAUUUUAUUCUUUUUUGUUCUUUCUUUCUUUCUUUCUUUCUUUCUUUCUUUCUUUCUUUCUUUCUUUCUUUCUUUCGACGUUUUUCUUUUCUUCUCUUCUUUCUUUCUUUCUUUCUUUUCCCCCGUUUUACUUCUUUCUUUCUUUCUUUCUUUCUUUCUUUCUUUCUUUCUUUCUUUCUUUCUUUCUUUCUUUCUUCGUUUUUCUUUUCUUCUCUCUUCUUCUUUCUUUCUUUAUUUCUUUCUUUCUUUGCCCCGUUUUACUUCUUUCUUUCUUUCUUUCUUUCUUUCUUUCUUUCUUUCUUUCUUUCUUUCUUUCUUUCUUUCUUUCUUUUCUCCGUUUUCUUUCUUUUUUUUUUCAAUUUCUUUUAUUUCUUUUUACUUUUAUUUUUCUCCAUCGUUUCUUUUUUUAUUUAUUCCUUCCACUCUUUCUUUCGCCGGAACGUCCCUCGACUGCUCGUUACAUCUUCAAGCACUUUUGA